AGUCUCUCUGUCGGUGUGCACACGGAUUGACCACUCCUUUGGGCUUUUCUUUUAUCCUUGGAUAUUUGGGGGGGAAAGCUAAUCCACAAACAUGACUGACGCGCAACAAGAAGCCCGCUCCUACCUGAGCGAGGAAAUGCUGGCUGAGUUCAAAGCCGCUUUCGACAUGUUCGACACCGACGGUGGCGGUGAUAUCAGCACCAAGGAGUUGGGACAAGUCAUGAGGAUGCUGGGCCAGAACCCGACAAGAGAGGAGUUGGAUGAGAUCAUCGAGGAGGUCGAUGAGGAUGGUAGCGGUACCAUCGACUUCGAGGAGUUCUUGGUCAUGAUGGUGAGGCUGCUAAAGGAGGACCAGGCCGGCAAGAGCGAGGAAGAGUUGGCAGAGUGCUUCCGUGUGUUCGACAAGAACGCCGACGGCUACAUCGACAGAGAGGAGUUCGCCUUCAUCAUCCGCAGCACCGGUGAGCCCAUCUCAGAGGAGGAGAUUGAUGAGCUGAUGAAGGAUGGAGACAAGAACGCUGACGGCAUGCUGGACUAUGAUGGUAUGUAUAGUCUCCAUGGUAGUGAUGAUGAUAAGUUUGGUUUGAUGUCUGAAUAUUACCGGAACAUUACUUUUUCUGCUGUUGAUUAUAGCACUAAAGGACCUGGGGAGUGUUUGAAGCACUACAAAUAAUUUAUAGUACCUAAUAUUUAAAUUUUAGUAAUGACAAUUCUGUUUGACUGUGUUUAUAUUUUUUUUAAUGUUCAGAGUUUAGCCUCUAACAAUAUCGUGGUAUUAAGGAAAUGCUCUAUUUUUACAUUUUUCCACCCCAGAAUUCCUCAAGAUGAUGGAGAAUGUGCAGUAAAACCAGAAAGACUCAUGGACAUUCCUCCUUCCCCCGUCAACCCCCCACUCUGAAUACACACUAUCCUACUGACCCCACUAUACCACCGCCCCACCCUCAUACACACACCCCCUGUCCACCGGGUUCACUGCCUCUCUUCUCCAUCCUCAUUGAUAUCCUUAACAGACGGCUCGGGCACCCAGCUGGGGUGCGGGUUGGGGGGGUCGCUGGCUGAGCUCCACUCUGCCCCAGCUUGUUUGUGAAUGCAGACGGCCUAUGGAUGCUGCGCUGAAACUGUACUUCGUGACAGGACGGCAAGGCAACAAAGGGGGAAAUUCUCCGCACACACCCUUUGGAGUAUGCAUAGCGUGCAUACGUGUCAUCAGCGACCCCCCCGCCCCACCAUCCUCCCCGCUCUGGUGGUAAAGAUCUGAUCGAGAUGUAAUCUAGCUAGAAUGGCAGCCUGUUACCUGCUACUUAGACCAAUUUAUUCAACCACUUCACUGUACAAAGAAGUAAUUUGCUUGAACAGAAUAAAUUAACUAACACAUGGUCACUUGUAGCUGGUCUGUCAUAUUUAUGGUCAGUGUAAAAAAAAAAUGGUUUGAGGAAUAUCAAUAAAAUCUGUUUGUUUCUUAUUUUUGUCCA